AUGACCGUCCCAAUCCCCAGUCCGCCUGCAGUGCCCUUCCUCGGGCACAUCAAUACUGUUGAGAAGGACGUACCUAUCCGGUCGAUCCACCUCCUGGCCCAACAAUAUGGCGAAACCUUCCAGCUUUCGCUGUUCGGAGCCAAGAGGGUCUUCGUCAAUUCGUACGAAUUGGUGAACGAGGUGAGCGACGACAAGCGCUUCCCCAAGAAGAUCUCUGCAGCGCUCGAGCAAGUGCGCAAUGGCGCUGGAGAUGGCCUUUUCACGGCCCACGUCCCUCGGGAGCAGAAUUGGUAUAUCGCUCACCGCUUGCUUAUGCCAUGCUUUGGCACGGCCUCCAUCUAUAACAUGUUCGAUGAUAUGAUGGAUAUCGUGCAACAAUUGGUUCUGAAGUGGGAGCGCUUCGGACCGCGUAUUAAGAUCGAUCCCAGUAACGAUUAUACUCGUUUGACACUCGACGCGAUCACCCUUUGCGCUAUGUCUUACCGUCUGAAUUCGUUCUACCGAGAGGACCCUCACCCUUUCGCUGAUGCGAUGGCAGACUUCUUGAUCGAGAGUGGACGCCGUGCGAGUCGCCCAUCCAUAGUUCAAGCCAUCAUGAGCGGCACGAACGCGAAGUACGAGGACGACAUACGCAUCAUGAAUGAGCUCGUUGAUGAGAUUUUGCAGGACCAUAAGGCGAACCCUCCAGAGAAGGGUGACCUUGUGCAAGUGAUGUUGACGGCGCGUGAUAAGGAGACUGGUCUUGGCCUUCCUGAGCAGAACAUCAAGAAUAAUCUCAUCACUUUCCUAAUUGCAGGGCAUGAAACCACUUCCGGCAUGCUCACUUUCAUCACAUACUUCCUGCUCAAGAAUCCAGAGGCAUUGCGAAAGCUUCGAGAAGAGAUUGAUUCAAAGGUUGGCGAACGCCUUAUGACUGUUCAUGAUGUUGGGAAGCUCCCCUAUCUGCUCGCUGUUAUGCGCGAAGGCCUCCGACUGGGUCCUACUGCUCCCGCGCGAACGGUCGGCGCUGCUGAGGAUACCGUGAUCGGUGGCAAGUAUGCUAUCGAGAAAGGUACACCGGUCGUCGUCAAUACCUACAGUAUGCAACGCGAUCCUAAGAUCUGGGGCGAAGACUCCGACAAGUUCCUGCCCGAAAGGAUGCUUGACGGAAAGUUCGAAGCUCUUCCUCCCAACGCAUGGCAGCCCUUCGGGUUUGGUAUGCGUGGCUGCAUCGGUCGUCCGUUUGCCUGGCAAGAAGCGCAGAUCGCCCUUGUCACGAUCCUCCAGCGAUUUGACCUCAUUAUGGAUGAUCCCUCCUACGAGCUCGAGCUCAAGCAGACGCUCACGAUCAAACCCCACAACUUCUUUAUCCACGCCAUCCCGCGCAAGAACAAACCUCGUUUGCUGGCUAUCCCCUCGUCCACGCUUUCCCCUGCAGGUCCGGCUGCUGCAGAAGGUCCGAACGCAACAUCGGUUGGGGACGCAUCGAAGUCGCAACAGUUGUAUAUUCUGUAUGGAUCGAACACCGGCAACUCGGAGUCCUUCGCUCAACGUCUAGCGUCGGAUGCUCCUACGCAUGGCUUCCGGGCUUCCAUUGGCACGCUCGACUCCGUCACCGCCAAUCUCCCGGAGGACGGUCCUGUUGUGAUCGUUACAUCAUCGUUUGAGGGCCAACCGGCCGACAACGCUGCACACUUCUUUGCUUGGCUCGAGAACGUGCAGGAUCAAUCUGCAUUCGCCGAUCUCAGGUUCGCGGUGUUCGGCUGCGGUAACCGUGACUGGGUAAACACGUACCAGCGUAUCCCGAAGCUCAUUGACGAGCAGCUCGCAUCGCAUGGUGCGAAGCGCCUUGUCCAACGUGGGGAAGGUGAUGCUGCUGGAGCGGAGUUCUUUGAUUCGUUCGAUGUAUGGGAGAAGGAAUUGUGGAAGGAGCUAGCUGCUGAAUACGGGACGACUAGAAGCUCUGAGGUAACCGGCAUUGAUAUCAAGACAGUCUCGGGUGGCACCGCACGGGCGGAAAUUCUUCGCCAGAAGGACAUUGCGCUAGGUACAGUAGUUGAGAAUAGGGUCCUCACUAGCGUCAAUGCCCCUACGAAACGUCAUAUUGAGUUUGACUUACCUGAUGGUAUGACUUACAGGGCGGGUGAUUACCUGGCUAUCCUGCCUACCAAUCCCGAACCAGUGGUACGCCGGGUUAUCGCUCAUUUCGGACUGUCUAUCGAGCAGGAGAUCGAAAUUAACUCGUCCGUUCCAACCUCACUCCCAGUCGGCAAGGCAAUUACUAUCCAUAAUCUGUUGAAAGGCUACGUAGAACUGCAGCAGCCAGCUACUCAGCGUGACCUUGAGACCCUUCUCAAGGCAGAGAACACGGAAAAGUCCAGACAAGUCCUCCAGGAUCUCUCCGCGAACUACGCCGAGAAGGUAUUCAAGAAACGCCUGAGCGUGCUUGACAUACUCGAAGAGAACAAGGAUAUCGCACUCUCGUUGUCCACCUUCCUCCAUAUGCUGCCCUCCAUGCGUAUUCGCCAAUACUCCAUCUCUUCUUCGCCUCUCUGGAAUCCCCAACGUGUCUCACUCACGAUCAGUGUCAUUGAUGCACCAGCUAUUUCUGGUCGAGCCGAGCCGUUCCUUGGGGUAGCGUCGACGUACCUAUCGAACUUGAAAAAGGGGGACAAAGUACAGCUGUCCGUGCGCACCUCGAACGUGCACUUCCAUCCGCCGACCGACCCGACUAUCCCCCUCGUCAUGGUCGCGGCCGGGUCGGGACUGGCGCCAAUGCGUGGCUUCUUGCAGGAGCGCGCGAUGCAGAAACUCGCGGGACGAGAAGUCGCGAAGAACCUGUUGUUCUUUGGCUGUCGCCACCCGAAGGAGGAUCUAAUCUAUGGAGACUCUGACCUGCAGGAGUGGGCUGAGCUCGGCAUCGUCGAUGUGCGUCCCGCGUUCUCGCGUUCUUCUGGAGACUCCAGUGACUGUCGUUACGUCCAAGACCGCAUCUGGCAUGACCGUUUGGAGGUGGAGGAGGCUUUCAAGAAAGGCGGGAAGAUAUACGUCUGCGGGGCGGGCAAGAUUGCUGCAGGCGUGAAGCAGACCAUCGUGACCUUCCUUAAGGAGCAGAACAACCUCAACGACGAGGGUGCCGUUAAGCUCUUCGACAAAAUCAUGAACGGUCGCUACGCCACGGACAUCUUCGAGUAA